AUGAUGUUGUGUCAGAGUGUAGAAGAAAUUCUGAUAGACGAUUUGGAGAGCGUUUUGAAGCGACCGGCUUCCGAAGUUGAUUACAUCGAUAUAUUUAAAGUUCAAGUAGUUCUGAUGUAUGAAUGGCUGCUAAGACUUGAAGAGUUUAAUGCUAUCGAAAAUCCCUGUGAUAAGUCAAAAAUGCUGCAAAGUUUUGCACUGCGAUACAUGCUUCUGGACAAUGUAUUUCAUGCUGUUGAAUUAGGUAUUUCUGAUCGCAUAGUGCUUGUGAAUAACACAUUCAUAUCCCCUGGACAAGCACCGGACAUUGUUUGUGAUGACAAUGAAAAUAGCAGGACUCUCAAAGACAUCAUGUAUGGUCAAAAAAGUGUUCAGCUCAUUGAUGAACUGAUCGCUCCAAUGAUUAGUAUGAAUUUUACCAUUGGCGAGAUGAUGGCUUUACGUCUGAUAAUGUUUUGGAACCCAAGUGAACUAAGUCUUUCACUAGAAACCAAAAACAUUACCAGAUUGGCAAGUGAUCGAGCAGUAAAUGAAUUACAUCGCUGGUAUUUCGAUCAGAAUUUCAAAGCGGUUGACACACGAUUGGGCAACGAUCAUGUAAAAUGUAUGACGGAGAUGGUAAAAUUAAUCCCUUCAUUUGGGACACUUAGUGAAAGAGAUGUCUACCUUGAAAAAAUACUCAAUUCAUAA